CGGGCCUGGGGCAGGCAGGGGGCCCGGCUCAGGGUCCCCAACCUCAGGGGAGGCCCUGCCACCUUCUACCUCAAUGUCUCCAGCUGAGAUGUCAGGACAGAUCUGUUGUCACCCCUAGAUGAAAACUUGGCCCUGCCCACUGGACUCUGCCGCGGGACCCAGCAGCUCCGACCUGCCACGGCUCUCCUGAGUGGGUGCAGGGCCCAGCUCGAAGCUCCCCAUGGCUGCCUCUGUCUCCUCUGAACUCUCAGCCACAGGAUCCAACUCAGCCUGCAAGUGACCCCCCCAGGACCCCCUCUCUGAGCCAGGGGAAAAUCCUGGUGUCUCCAGUCCCUGCUACAUCUAGGCACACGGGAGCCAUGGAAGUGGUGGAGCCCAGCAGCCCCACUGAGGAGGAGGAGGAGGAGGAGGAGGAGGAGCAGUCUGUCGAGCCUCGACCCCGCACACGCUCCAACCCCGAGGGGGCCGAGGACCGGGUGCUGGGGGCCCAGGCCGGCGUGGGCAGCCGCAGCGAGGGCGAGGGUGAGGCAGCCAGUGCUGACGAUGCCGCCCCCACCCCACCGGGCACUGGCCCCAAACCCUGGCAGGUGCCCCCACCAACCCCCGAGGUUCAGGUGCGGACGCCGAGGGUCAACUGUCCAGAGAAGGUGAUCAUCUGCCUGGACUUGUCGGAGGAAAUGUCUCUGCCAAAGCUGGAGUCGUUCAACGGUUCCAAAACCAACGCCCUCAACGUCUCCCAGAAGAUGAUCGAGAUGUUCGUGCGGACAAAACACAAGAUCGACAAGAGCCACGAAUUCGCGCUGGUGGUUGUGAAUGAUGACACGGCCUGGCUGUCAGGGCUGACCUCCGACCCCCGCGAGCUGUGCAGCUGCCUGUACGACCUGGAGACGGCCUCCUGUUCCACCUUCAAUCUCGAAGGCCUCUUCAGCCUUAUCCAGCAGAAGACCGAGCUGCCAGUCACGGAGAACGUGCAGACGAUUCCGCCCCCAUAUGUCGUCCGCACCAUCCUCCUGUACAGCCGCCCGCCCUGCCAGCCCCAGUUCUCCCUGACAGAGCCCAUGAAGAAGAUGUUCCAGUGCCCGUAUUUCUUUUUCGACGUGGUUUACAUCCACAACGGAGCUGACGAGAAGGAGGAGGAGAUGAGCUGGAAGGACAUGUUUGCCUUCAUGGGCAGCCUGGACACCAAGGGCACAAGCUACAAGUACGAGGUGGCGCUGGCUGGGCCGGCCCUUGAGCUGCACAACUGCAUGGCCAAGCUGCUGGCUCACCCACUGCAGCGGCCCUGCCAGAGCCACGCUUCCUACAGCCUGCUGGAGGAGGAGGAGGAGGCCACUGAGGUUGAGGCCACCGUCUGAGCUGCCCCCUCCCUGAAGGCUUGGCCUGGCGGGUGGUUCUCAUACUGGGCCCUUCGGAACCCCUGGGGGGUGCCAGAAGGCACCCCAGGGCACCUAUCUCCCAUGUUCCCCAGCCAACACCCAGUUUGUCAGUUGGAAGCUUUUCAUCUUCUGUGGUUUUUGUCAUCAAAAUAAAAAAUUGAGACUCCCUAUUGAGGUCCACAACAACAA